AUGCAGUGCACUUUCCUUAAGCUCUCUGCUCGUCGCGGCGGUGCCUUUGCCCCUAGCCUUUUCCUCCAUGCCGACUCUCAGCAGGUGCGCGUGUCGGACGCUGUGAAGCGUGUAGAAGCAGAAGAGUUUGCGAAAAACUACCAAAUGAAACCUAUGGCUGAUCACCAACGCUCCUCAUUCGAGUACAAGAGUAGCGCCAAGGGUGCGGAGGUUGGUGCCCGUAACGAGGCGGCGUUUAUGAACUACGAGCCCUUCACUCCGAGGACCCUUUCGGGGCUCUUGGUGACUCCUGGCGAUAUCAAUCUGUUGACCGUCUCACCGUUGUACUGCGCGCUGCUCUGCAUCACUGCCGCUACAUGGGGAGUUUUCUACUGGGAUAUGUAUUGUUGCAAAAACUACGAAACAGUCCUCAUUGCUAGGCCAAAGGCCAUGCAGUAA